CUCUAUCUCAGCAUAGUCUGUCUUCUCUCUCCAAUGAUCUGUUCUCUUCUCUAGUUCUCUUCCUUUGUUUUUCUCUCUCCUCAAAAAAGCCUCUUUUUGAAUUUCUCUGCUACUCGGAUCUCUCCUCUCUCUUUCUCUCUCCGCCAAUUUCCCAACUCACUCACAAAUUCAUUCUCGAAGCUUCCAUUACUCCCAUUCAAUUCAAUUCAAUUCAAUUUUUGUAAAUUAAAUUAUGUUUUUGUUUUGUUUUUGCUAGAAUUUUAAUUUGUGAUUUGAUUGGAAUAAUAAUGUUUGAAUUCGUCGAGUAAAUUGAUUGAGAAUCGACGAUAAAGAGUGUUUUGAGUUGUGUGUUUGGUUAAUUCAAUUGUAUGCUCAACUGAGUUGACCCGGGCUGAGUCGGCUCGGGAUCGGAAGUAGUAGUAGUAGUAGUCAUGGGUUCUGAAACUAACAACAGCAAUAGCAAUAGCAACAGCAGUAGCAGCAACAGCAACGAAAACAAUAGCAACGGUGGCGAUGAUUGCAGCAACGCCGAAAAAACGGCGUUGAUUGGUGCUGGAAAUACUGGAAUUGAUGAACAGCAAUUGGAGACGACUUCUUCACAUUAUUUAGCGAAAUUCAAACUCUAUGAAACUCGCGCGAACUUUUACAUGGUGGGAAGUGAUAAAAGUAAGAGGUUCUGGAGGAUACUCAAGAUUGAUAGAUUAGCGUCUUCUAAUCUCGUUGUUUUUGAAGAUCCGACAGUAUACUCUGCUCAUGAGUGUUCAGUUAUUCUGAAAAGGAUAGAUGAAGGAAAUAAGCAUGCUGGUGGAUUGAAAAUUGUCACCACAUGUUAUGGAAUUGUGGGUUUUGUGAAAUUCUUGGGGCCGUAUUAUAUGAUUCUUAUAACAGAGAGAAGGAAAGUGGGGAAAAUUUGCGGCCAUGCAAUAUAUGCCGUGUCAAAGAGAAAAAUGAUUCAAAUCCCUCAUUCUCCUGCUCGAUUUGAUUCGAUUAACUCUAAGAAUGAAAAAAGAUACAAGAAGCUCUUAGGCACAGUGGAUAUUACAAAGGACUUCUUUUUCAGCUACUCCUACCGUAUCAUGCAUAGUCUCCAAAAGAAUUUAUGUGAUGAGCAGAAAAAAAUACUUCCAUAUGAAACAAUGUUUGUUUGGAAUGCAUAUUUGACUCGGGAAAUCCGGACUCUUCUUGGGAAUAGUGUUUGGACAGUGGCAUUGAUACAUGGCUUCUUCAAACAGGUCAAAUUUCAAAGGUCUGACCGUACUGUCAAUUUGACCCUAAUUGCAAGAAGAUCACGCCACUAUGCUGGAACAAGAUUCUUGAAACGAGGUGUCAAUGAGAAAGGUCGAGCCGCUAAUGAUGUGGAAACAGAGCAAAUUGUUUAUGAAGAGAUCCCUAGUACAUGCAUGCCGGAAAUCAGUUCAGUUGUGCAAAUUAGGGGCUCAAUUCCACUUCUUUGGUCUCAAGAGACUUCAAGAAUGACUCUUAGACCUGACAUCAUAUUGUCAAAGGAGGACCCCUAUUAUGAAGCAACUCGACGACAUUUUCAAAAUCUUGUAGACAGAUAUGGAAAUCCGAUAUUCAUAUUAAAUCUCAUUAAGACUAAGGAAAAGAAACCUCGUGAAUCUGUACUCCAUUCAGAAUUUGUUAAGGCAGUUGCUUCUAUCAAUAAAACUUUGGAUAAGGAUACUCGCUUGAAGUUUCGGACAGUGGAUCUUACGAGACUAUAUAGCAUUAAAGGUGACAAGGUAUUGAUGCUCCUAAGUAGAGUUGCUGAGAAUGCGUUGGAUCAAACUGGAUUCUUUUAUUGCCAAGUGCCUUCGUUAAUGAAUUCAGAGUUGUCAUCUGGCUUUUCUGAUGCCACUACAGAGCAUGUGAAUUCAACUGACAUUACAGAAUAUUCUGCUUCAAAGACUACAAGGUUCCAAAGUGGGGUGUUGAGGACUAACUGCAUUGAUUGUUUAGACCGUACAAAUGCUGCACAAUAUGCAUAUGGUUUAAUUGCUCUAGGCCAUCAGUUACAUGCAAUUGGUAUCAAUCCCACCCCAAUAAUUGAUCCCGAUGACACUUUGGCUAAGAUGUUAAUGGGGCUUUAUGAGGCCAUGGGUGAUACAAUUGCGCUGCAGUAUGGAGGAUCUGCAGCGCACAAUAAGAUAUUCUCGGAUCGAAAAGGUCAUUGGAAAGCAGCAAUACAAUCCCAAGAGUUUAUUAGGACUCUACAGCGUUACUUGAACAAUGCAUACAUGGAUCCGGAAAAGCAAGAUGCCAUUAAUCUGUUCCUAGGUCACUUUCAACCAGAAGUGGGUAAACCUGCGUUAUGGGAACUUGAUUCAGAUCAGCACUAUAGUAUUGGAAGACUCACCUCAUCUUUGACAGAUGAUAUUUCUGGGUCAUUUUUGAAAAGGUCUAUGUCGGAUGGAGUUCUUAUGUAUGAGAGCCCUUCGCCUACAACACCAGCUGAAGCAAGUAACUAUCACCAUACUUUACCUGACUUAAAAGAAGACAAGAGUGGUCUUUCAGAUUCGACGCCUGAGAUGCCAACUUGUGACGUCAGCGAUGCUAAUGUAUCUUAUACAAGGUUCACUCCAUCCAUGUCAGCCCGUCGACUUUUCACAGAUAUGCCAGAGACCAAAUAUAUGAGAGGUGAAUGUAGUUGUUACAUCGAACAUGGAAGUGAAUUUGAUUGUUCAGAUAUUCUUGAUAUUGAUUGGAUUUCUUCAUCGGGAAAUUCAUGUGAGGAGGACUCAUAUGAUAUAUCCUCACUUGUAAACUCUCCAGUUGGUGGUUCCCUGCAUGGCAGUUCUGUAAAUAAUGCAUCUCAGGGGAGAUUGCGAGAUGCACCUAAAGCUGCAGAUUUUCCUGAUAGCUUCAAGCAUUGGGUCGAGUUUGGAUCAAUCUUAGCUUAGUCUUUGCUACAACUGCACAGAUUUUAUCUCAAACAUUUUUGAAUCAACCCCUCCGAAGGAUAUGGGUUGUGCAAACAGAAUAAGUAUCAGAAGAUGGAAUGAAAAGGAAGAGGCCUUGGCACUAAUCAUACUAUUAUAAUGGCACAACAAAGAAACUACCGAGAGUCGAUAUUGACAGCUAAUUCAGCUAAUUCUUUUACUGGAGGUCUUGUUAUCUCCACACCAAAUUAAGUUACAGUAUAAAUUAUAAUGCAGCAGUCAUUAUUCUUGUAAAUAUCUGAAUUUUAACAUAUUUUUGCUAGUUGCACCAGCUACCUUUUGACAUUCUAGGGUCUCUCCUGUUUCAUUUCGUAUAUAGCUUUAUCACCGUACAUAUUUGAUCAUUGGCGAAUAAGUUGUUGCUCUUUCCUCCUAUGCAAUUAGUAGUAUUAUUUUUAUCUGCAACUUGUUUUGUGUAAUGUGAAUAAGUUUUCUUGUUUC